AUGGGGAACGCCGCGUGCGCGCCUCACUCCGCCUCCGCCAAGGUCAUCAACGACGCCGGCGACGUCGAGGAGUACGUCGGCCGCCACCCGGUGCGGGCAGGAGAAGUCAUGGUGGAGCACCCAGGGCAGUUCGUGUGCGACUUAAGGCGCCUAGGGGUGGGGUACCGGGUUCCAGGGCUGGCGGCGGACGAGGAGCUGGAAAGGCGGCGCCUUUACUUCCUUCUGCCGAUGGACAUGCUUUUCUCGGUGCUCACCGAGGAGGAGAUGGAGGCGCUCGCGAGCCUGGCGGCGGCGGCGGUGACGAAGAGGGGAACAGGGGUGGUUGCGAAGAGCUACAUUGGGCGGAGGAUCUCUCCUGUAUUGAGUGAAUUCUGCUUGAUACCGGCGGAAGCAAAGCAGGUUAGGAAUGAAAACCCCGAGAGGACCAAGAGACCGUCGCGGCAGGGUUCGUGGAAACCGGCGUUGGACACCAUUGAAGAGGUUCCACGAACAAAUUAA